CAUUCAAUCUCUUAACUCCCUUCACUUAGCGCUGGAAAGCGGGGACGCGCAUUUAUUCCGGCGGUGCAGUGAAACUUUGGGGGAACUUUUAUAUAUAGCCUGGAGAUUAAACAGGCUGGUGUGUGGGUUUGAUCAGUUGCUUCUAGUUGGAAAGGCCAUUAGAUCAUCUCUGUGGGUUUAUUUGCGGCUUUUUCUUCUAUUCGUAUUGGAGCGAAUCUGAUUUCUCGGGAACGCGCCGCUCCUCGUGUUUGAACCACAACAACACUUCAAAGUUCACACACGUUUGGUUUCCACCUGUUGCGUUACAGUAGUGGUGGUGGUGGUGGUGUUGAAUCAGAAGGUGGAGAGGAGAGAGGAUCAGAGCCGGAGCUGAGGACCAACACCGACAACCGACACCAAACUCCUGCUGCUGGCGCACCGACCUCACUGUUUACCUCACUGCAGCUCCUCAAAAACUAAAAGCGCCCCGAAAAAACCCGGAUCCCAGCAAAGAAGUUCCACUUAGAUCUUUCCAGGAGUAUAAUUUGCACUACAAUACUUUGUGUAAAGAAAAAAAAAGUGCACAGUAGGUCAGCUUGCAGAUUUCUGGAGAAAGUUUUGGAAAGCGGCGCACAACCACGACGCACUUUCUCUUCCUGCUGUGAGCCGACAAACAACAGAAAGACGUCACACCCGGACCUCCCAUAAUCACCCGGUUCUGCUCCAGCUCGGGGACGAAACUCUCGAGGUCCACCUCUGCUUCAGGCUGAAGAGUGAGGGUAAAGCUCUGGGUUUCUGAUCGGAGCUCAGAUCCACCACAACACGACGCUCAAGACUCUCCAGCAUUAGGAGGCUCCGUGUUUUUUUGGGCCGCAGAGCGCACAGAGGAGAGAUGGAUGUCGGAAUGAGGCAGACGCACAGCGCCUCGGCAGGAGUCCACCUACUGCUGGCACUCACACUGAUCGCCUGUAACUCUCACCUUCUGGUGCAGGCCAACUCGUGGUGGUCUUUGGCCAUGAACCCAAUCCAGAGGCCAGAGAUGUACAUCAUAGGCGCACAGCCUCUUUGCAGCCAGCUUACAGGAUUGUCUCAGGGCCAGAGGAAGCUGUGCCAGCUCUACCAGGACCACAUGGUGUACAUCGGUGAAGGCGCAAAGACGGGCAUCAAGGAGUGCCAGUAUCAGUUCAGACAGAGGAGGUGGAACUGCAGCACGGUGGACAACACGUCUGUAUUCGGGCGCGUCAUGCACAUAGGCAGUAGGGAAGCAGCGUUCACAUAUGCCAUCAGCGCAGCCGGUGUGGUGAACGCCGUGAGUCGAGCGUGCAAGGAAGGCGAGCUCUCGACGUGCGGAUGCAGCCGAGCCGCUCGACCCAGAGACCUGCCCAGAGACUGGCUGUGGGGUGGGUGCGGGGACAACGUCAACUACGGAUAUCGCUUCGCUCGGGAGUUUGUGGACGCAAGAGAACGUGAGAAGAACUACCUCAAGGGCUCCAUAGAUCACGCACGCACACUGAUGAACCUGCAGAACAACGAGGCUGGACGAAUGGCGGUGUACAAUCUGGCCAACGUGGCGUGUAAGUGCCAUGGCGUCUCCGGUUCCUGCAGCCUGAAGACCUGCUGGUUACAGCUGGCUGACUUCCGGCGCGUAGGUGAGUUCCUGAAGGAGAAGUACGACAGCGCUACGGCCAUGCGCAUCAACCGGCGCGGCAAGCUGGAGCAGGUGAACCAGCGCUUCAACGUUCCCACCGCCGAGGACCUGGUGUACAUCGACCCGAGCCCGGAUUACUGUCUGCGCAACGAGAGCACGGGCUCGCUGGGAACGCACGGCCGUCUCUGCAACAAGACCUCGGAGGGCAUGGACGGCUGCGAGCUGAUGUGCUGCGGCCGCGGCUACGACCAGUUCAAGACCUACAAGCACGAGCGCUGCCACUGCAAGUUCCACUGGUGCUGCUACGUCAAGUGCAAGCGGUGCACGUCGCUCGUCGACCAGUUCGUCUGCAAGUAACCGAGACGCUCGUUUAGAUCAGAGACACGCUGAGCAAUUAGCAGGCGAGACGGGGGGGACUGACCUUCUGGAGCACAGAAGGAGUGAAAUGUACUCAAACGAUGAAUAAAUAAAAAAAAUCUAAAGAAAUGUUUAAAUAUAGGUAUUAAUUAAGUGUGGUGGAUGGUGAUUAUAUUUUUUUGUUGCUUUAAAUCAAGAGGAAAGGACGAGGUAUGACGUGAGGGGAGGUUGGUGUUCCCUUUUUGGUAGCGUCUCAUGAGUAUGAGACUCUCUCCAGAACCAGAUUUAUCACGCUAGUAAUCCAGUAACCCAGCAUGCUGCUCCGCCCACUCCUCUCUCCGCCACGGACGCUCUCUAAACCUCCCCAGAGCUCUUAAACUCCUCGGGUCAGCCUCCUGACCUGGAUCGCUGGACUUUGGAUGAUGUCGUGUGUGUUGACCUGUGAAACCUACGUUGCUAGUUAAAGCAUUUAUAGUCACCCAAAACCUCUGACCUUACCCUGAUGAUUUAAAAUCACCGCCAGACUCUUGACCUUGGAAAGCUUUCAGCUCGCUUCCCUAUGAACUCGUUCAGAGCUCUCUCUCUCUCUCUCCCUGUGUCAUCUAGAGGAACUUCAUCUCCUCCGAUCAUAUCGAGUGCCUCAAAACAGCGAGAUUUUAAAAAAUAAAGAGCAAAAGGAAAACAAAAUGGGGCUUUACUUUAUGAGGACUGCAAAAAUAAUAUUUUAGCCAGUGGUUCAGAUUAUAUUUUAUUAAUUGCUUGUUAUGUUAUACAUGGUAUGUAUUGUUCUGAUUAUUAUUUUUUGAUACAGAGGCUUCUACUGUCGAGUUUUUAUUUUAGCAGGGGCAACCUGACUUGCCACAGAGGAAGAUUUUUUUUUUUUUUUAGCAAAACGGCCUUUAUGUCGGUCAGCGAGUGAACGCAAAAACUUGUAAAUACCAGUUCCAUGUAUGCAAAUUACACUUCAUGAUUACAACAUCCAUGAUUUUAUAUGUUAAUCCAGAUGGUUUGCUGGCUGUUGACCAUAUGCUUGUUGUCUGUAUGUAUUUCCCCCCCCCCAUCAUUCAAACCAGUAAUAUUAAAAAUAUUAAUAGAGAUGAUUAUCA